AUGUCUACUGAUACUACAUUCUCCGACGAAAAGCCUGCUUACAGCAAGGACCGCCCGCAAAAGCGUUUCAUCAAAGGUCCUGACGAUAAAGUCCACAAGGCCAAGAUCGCUGCCCUUCACGAUGAAAUCAAAAAGUUGAACUUGACCAACGAUGAACUCAACGCUCAGAUUGAAAAGGUUGUUUCGGACCCUAAGGUGAUCGCCAAGAGAACUGAAUUGCAAAAGGAAUUGAAAGAAUUGAUCACCAAGCAAGGUAGUAUCAAGGUUGAAAGAACCACCAUCAUGGAUCAAAUCAAACUUGUUGACCAACAGUUGAAGAGAAAGAUCAACGAGAUCCAGGCCCAGACUUCCAAGAGUAACUUCAAGUCCGUUGCCGAAAUUGACUCCAGAAUUAACCACUUGGACCUGAUCAUUGACGAAGGGUCUCUCAAAUUGGCUGACGAAAGAAGAUACGUCAAGGAAAUGUCCCAAUUGAGAAAGUUGAAGAAGGACUUUGGUUCCAUUGACAAGAUCCAAGAACUCAUUGAAGCUGAUAAGGAAAAGAUUGCUGACUUGAAGAAGAAAUUGAACGCCAUUGGCAACAAGGAAAUCCAAGCCAGAUUUGAAGCCAUUCAAAAGGAAUUGGACCAAUUGAACGCUGACAACAAGUCCAUCUCUGAAAAGAGACAGUCGCUCUUUGACCAAAGAAACAAGUUAAGAAAGACCAAGGACGAAAAGUACUCUGAAAUCAAGAAGUUGAGAUCGGACUUGGACGCAGAGUUCACCAAGUUCAAGGCCGCCAUGGCUUCUGAAAAGAAGAAGAGAGACGAGGAAUACAAGGCCAGACAAUUGGAAGAAAAGACUGCCAAGAGAAAGGAAGUUGCCGAAAAGGAAUUAUCCGCAGCCUCCAUCCCUGCAUUCUCUAGAGAAAUCGAUUCCUUACAGGUGUUACUUGCCUACUUUGAUCCUUCUUACGUCAAGCCACCAUCAAAGACGUUUGAAGCUAUCCAAAAGUCCACCUCAUCCACUGCCUUCCAGGCUGACUCUAAGCCAAGAGCUGCCGGUAGAGUCAUUGAAAUGCCAGACGACUUGGUUGUAUUGAAGAAAGAAGAAGAAAUCUUCCACACUGGAUCUAAGGGUAAGAAGGCUGCCAAGGCCAAGAAGGCUCAAAAGCCAAAGAACUUCACUGUUGAAUCCGACGUUAUUGUUGCUCUUGGUGAAUUAUCGAUCCCAUUACCAACCAAGCAAGAUGACGUCCCAUCCACCAUAGAGACCUUGAAGGAAACUUUAACUGCAUUGGAAGGUAAGCAAGAAGAGCAAACCAAGUUGAACAUUGAAAGAGCAAAGGCCAAGAUCGCCAAGCUUGAAGCUGAAGAAGACGCAGCCGACAAGGAAGCGGAAGAAGCAAAGGAAGAACCAGCUGAAGAAAAGGAAGAAGAAGCACCAGCAUCAGCACCAGCAGUAGAAGGUGAACAAAAGUCUGUUGACGAAGAGUAG